CAUCACAAAUGGCCGAUCGGUGACGUCGUUUGGCAUCCCCCUGUUGGGAGGAGAUUGGAAGAAUUGCUCACCAUCCUGAGCUUAGGGAUAGGAGUCACGUUUGAGAAAGGUAACACAUUGAACUUUGCCAGCGUUUGGUCCUUCUGGCAAAGGAAGGGAAGGCAUCUGGGACCAUGAGUGAGAAUGGCCCUCGAACAGAGGUGCCAAUGUACUUUGAGGUGGAGGUGGAUCACCUGGGGCGGGAAGAUGAAGAGGAGGAAGACAAGGUCCACGAUGACGAACUGAUCGCGGACCCUUCGUCCUCAUCUGGUCGUGUGUACGACCGCACCACAGUGCUCAUUGAGCGAGACCCCAUCCGACUGGAUGAGGAAGGCGAAGAGGAGGGCCAUUGUGGUGGCGACGAAGAUGGAGUCACCUUUUUAACUGAAGGGGAGGGGGAUGCAGAUGAGGAAGGAUCUCUGGCCUUCAUGGCUGACCCUGAUGGGAUGUCGCAGGGCUACGUGCAUCACACGAUUUCUCCCAAUCAGAUCCAGUUCACUAUAAAUCCAGGCUCCACCCCAAUGCCACGCAACAUAGAGGGCGCUACGCUCACCUUGCACUCCGAGUGCCCAGAGACCAAGCAGAGGGAGGUAAAACGCUAUCAGUGCACUUUUGAAGGCUGCACUCGGACCUACAGCACUGCGGGAAACUUGCGGACACACCAGAAAACGCACCGAGGCGAGUACACGUUUGUGUGCAAUCAGCAGGGAUGCGGAAAGGCCUUCCUCACCUCCUACAGUCUCAAAAUCCAUGUCCGUGUUCACACAAAAGAGAAGCCUUUUGAGUGCGACGUGCAGGGCUGUGAAAAGGCCUUUAACACGCUAUACAGGCUGAAGGCACAUCAGAGACUUCACACAGGCAAGACAUUCAACUGUGAAUCGGAGGGAUGCACCAAGUACUUUACCACACUGAGUGAUCUGAGGAAGCACAUCCGCACUCACACUGGGGAAAAGCCAUUUCGUUGUGAUCACGAUGGAUGUGGGAAAGCCUUUGCUGCGAGUCAUCAUCUAAAAACACACGUACGGACCCACACAGGGGAGAAGCCAUUUAACUGUCCUAGUGAUGGCUGUGAGAAGACGUUUAGCAGCCAGUACAGUUUGAAAAGUCACAUCCGGGGCCACGACAAAGGACGGCCCUUCACCGUCACCAUCACCCACCCACACUCUGAAGAUGCAAAUCACUCGCUGUGCCUCAGUGACUUGAGUCUCAUCUCUACAGACUCGGAGCUACGAGAGAACAUCAAUAAUGCUCAAAACUCGGACCUUAACAAUGCGACUCCCAUAAAAAUAUUUGAACUCAUGUUCCAGAGUCCUGAAAACAGCAUCAGCCAAGAUGAUCCCCAUUCCAUCAGUGAAACCUUCUGUAUAGAAACCUCUGCCCAACCAGGAGGGACUGAUGUCUCACCUGUAAUCUCCUUUUCUAUCAAUCCUACCUCCUCAUCAUCCAACAAUGUUGCUGUCGUGGAGGCCUCUUCCCAACGCAUUCAAAGCCCAUCCUCUCAGACACACACUCCUGCUCCUGUCACUGUUGGUGUCAGCGCAACACAAAACCCCUCUUUCAUCCAACUAAGUGGAGCUCAGCCGAUUCCAGAUGUGCCUCAGGCUUCUGUCCAAGCAUCGAACCAACACUAUGUGGCGCUGCCUCCCACAUUCCUGCAGUCAGAAAGCGCUACUCAGACUUCUCCUCCACCGCAGCCCAUCUCUGCUCACCCUCCAGCUCUGACGUCCACAGCUCCAGCUUCUACAGCCACAGCAGCUGAUGGUCUGCCAGCUGCGGCUCAACCUGUGCCUUUGGCCGGCUGUGAUGUCACCAACACUGCUCCCGGUCAGGCUGCAGCUCCUGCCACCAUCACCAUAGCAUCAACACCCAACAUGCUGCAGCCUGGCCUUGUCAUGUCGGACCAGAACCUUCAGUGGAUCCUCAGCAGCGCUGCCAACAGCCAGCAGAACCCUGAGCAAGCAUCUCAUCAAGGAGCUCCAAAGGUGGAAAAGGUUUUCUUUACUACAGCCAUACCAGUUGGGGGAAAUGCUGGUAACUCUGUCCAGCAAAUCGGCCUCAGCCUGCCCGUCAUCAUCAUCAAACAGGAAGAGUCCUGCCAGUGCCAGUGUGCCUGCAGAGACUCUGUGAAAGAAAAGACUGCAAAGAGUGCCUCCUCCAACAUCUCAGCUUCCUCACAGCAGCAAACUGCAGAGCCCACUCCCCAGCUGUCAUCUGAGCCUUCACUCCAUUCAACCACUUCAUCUUCCUCGUGCUGCCUCCCCAAGUCUUCCUCCAAGGUGGGUGAGCCGAGGCCAGAGGCCCCCUCUUCUUCCUCCGCUGCUGCAGCUCAGAGUUUCCCCCCUGUUGUGGGCAACACUGCCACCAACCCACCCCCACCUGAUGGGUUGGCCAAUAUGGACGUCUCAGACUUCCUGUCCAUGCAGAGCCCUGAGACUGCCGCCAACUUCGAAGCUCUGCUGCUGGUUGCGGAAGAUUUUAAUAUAACCACUGACAACGGCCAUUGAGUCAGGCACAUCAUUUUCCUAUUCCACUCGCAGCUGAGAGGCCUCAUCUAUCAACCUGUAUAGUUUGUGCAUGCUAAACCCUCUGUCUGUGCAGUGCAUUCUGUACUGUGUGGCAUAUAAGCAAAUGUUUCUGAUUUAUUCUCAAUGCAGUAAGUUGUUAGUUUGCUUAGAGAUUUAGCAGCCUUUAGGCUAAUUCAUUCUGAUAGGCAGUUGAUCCUUUGUGGAAAACAAUAGUUGUAUAUAUUAUAUUUAUCUAUUAAAAAGAUGAUGGAAUAACUGUUGUCAAAGCACUGAAAAUGUAAAUGGCUCAGGUUAUAACUGAGCGGUAAGGAAAAAUGAUCUGUAUAUCUUGGUACUGUACCUUAGGUCCUAUCAGACGCUUCAAACUAGUAUGCAACUGACCAGAAUGCACUGUAUAUUGGAGGAAUUUGCUCUUUUUUUGAUUUAAAGCAUCAUUUAGCUUGUAUGAAGUGGUUCCCUUAGAAUGUAGUGUUGAAAAACGUAUGUAAUCAGGAUACUAAUUAAGAGAAGAACCUAUAAUCAUCUCUGCCUGUUUUUUAAUGGCAUUAAGUCAGUUGCCUCCAACUUUAACUUAACUUGUGUAUUUUAAUUUAUUUAAAUGAUUUUGUUUACUGAAAAGAACUUAAAAGUAAUCUAGUAAUUUAUUUCAAUCAGGUCUGCUUUCAAGUUUAGCUUAUUUUGUCAGUGAUAUACUGAAUGAGUUCUAGUUUAACGUACGGUGAAGCAAACCAUCGCCUGCAAGAUACGACCACACCUAAACUACUGUCACCAUCCCAUGUUUUUAGGGUUGUUACCCUCUCAGGGAUGCAUGAAGUCAAAACUGAUCCUGGUCCCCCCCCCCCCAGUUCAUUAGACAUAUUUCCUUUCACCAAAAGGCUCACACCUGCAGUAGCCCUAUGUUUUGCUGCACUAUUCCCUGUUUUUUGCACAAUUUUCAGAAUAAUUUCACAGCUUGUUGGCUGAGAGGCGACACCACUAGAAACGUUUUGUAUACAACUGCUGUAAAGUAGCAAUUAAACCUGGUGUCUGGAGACAUUUUAAAUAGAGUACAUUUUAGUGUAAUCUUUGAAAACCUCAUAGAAUUCAGGAUUUGUAUUUUUGUAUAGAAUUCUGAGCUAAGAGUUUGAAGCUAAUGUAUCCUGCAUCUUUCCACCCCAGUCACAUGUAGUUUUUGUUUUUUGCUGUUUAUUUGAAAUGUUCUGGGCUUCUGUAUAGACACCCUUUGUAUCAAAAUAUGUAACUAUACCCUGUUAAUAAGAAUAUAAUUGAACAGUAUUGUUUCACAUGGGACACAAUGCAAUGACAGCUUAGUUCAUCUCCUGCAGGUUUUUGUAUGGAAGCUCCUUGGCCUUACAAACCAUUCUGUAAGCCUCUUUGCCUUGACCAUUUCUCCUUUAGAUGCCAAAAUGUUCAGUUCACCUCUGAUCUUCCUGAGCAGAUUAUUUUGGCCAAAAAGUUCAGGUUUACUCAGAUUUUUAUUAAACAUUUGUUUAGUUGAACAGACAUGGAAAAAAAAAGUAAUGAACUGUUAUAUGAUGGAUCAGCAAACUGUUCAUAUGUCAAAAUUAGCAAAUCAGACCUUCAGUCUUUGAGAAGCAGAAUUUUCAGAUGAGUCCUGAGUCAUUCAACUCUGUGCUGGUCUCCUUUAGAAAAACUGUAGUGCUGAAGAAAUUGAAAGCCACCACCUCUUUAAAAGGAAACAUUAUUGAUGCUUUAGGGUUAAGAAUUUUUUUUUUUCAAAAUCCCAAUCCU